GUACCUCGCUCUUGUCCAGCCAUUUCGCCUAACCCACCUGAGAACAAGAUCAAAGACAAUUCGAGCCAAUUUAUGUUUAUGGGUGGCAUCACUUAUUCUGAUGUUCCCUGUGUGGGUCUACUCAAAAGUAAUAAAGUUCAAAGAUGGUUUGGAAAGUUGCGCUUUUGAUCUAACCUCACCUGAUGAUGUUCUCUGGUAUACACUUUAUCUUACUAUAACAACUUUCUUUUUUCCUUUACCACUGAUAGUUAUUUGCUAUAUUUUAAUUUUAUGUUACACGUGGGAGACGUAUCAGCAAAACAAGAAAGCAGAGAGUUACACCACCAGUAUCCCCAGGCAAAGAGUCAUGAGGCUCACUAAGAUGGUGUUUGCUCUGGUCAGCGUGUUUGUGGUAAGCGCUGCCCCUUUCCACGUGAUCCAGCUCGUGAAUCUUCGGGUUUCUCAGCCGACCCUGACCUUCUACGUGAGCUACUACAUCUCCAUCUGCCUCAGCUAUGCCAGCAGCAGCAUUAAUCCAUUUCUCUACAUCUUACUCAGUGGGAACUUCCAGAAGCGGCUCCGGCAGUGCACAAAUGUGGAAGUCAGGAUGGCAGAACGGGAUGUCAACAUCAUUGAAAACACCCUCAAGUCAAGUUUUUGA